UUUGGGGAUCAAGCCAUGAGUCAAAACCGAGUUUUCGAAUGGUACCGUCGGUUCCGCGACGGACGGGAGAACACUGAAGACGAUCCUCGUUCUGGGAGGCCUUCAACAGCGAUAACGGACAAAAACGUGGAAAAAGUUAAACAAAUCGUGCUUGCCAAUCGCCGAAUCAUUGUCAGGGAGCUAGCAGAAGAAGUAGAGGCAUCAUUCGAAUCAUGUCGCAAAAUUUUGGUGGACGUUUUGGGUGUAAGAAGGCUGGCAGCGAAGUUCGUUCCAAAACUGCUGAAUUUCUAGUAGAUGAACACCCGUAAAGA